AUGGAUUCGAUAGAGAGGCUACCUGGCCCUGAUGCACCACGGACGUCAGAACCGAGCCCGUCGCGGUCGCUGGUGGCGCGAAGUCGUCCUCAAAACCUCCGCAGACCCAGCAUUCGGAUAUUCCAAUCCACGUCGUCCUUAGUCGGAGAGCCCAUCGCGCAGACUGCCAGCCAUAACCUGGAGCCUAUCCAGCGUUCCGAAGACGAUGUGGUCGGCUCCAGGCGAAGGAGUAGCUCGGAGCCACAGCGUCCUCAGAAUGUGGGCGUGCUAGCAGUUGGCAACGAUGGGACUGCUGAAUAUACGCCCAUGGCAACUGUAGCGGAAGAAUCGCCAGCCAGAUACGCUCCAAUUGGGACAGGCCGUGGUAGAUGGAGGUCUGCGAGCGCAUCCGCAAAGUCGUCGCUGCGUCUGGCGAGAACUGGCCAGGAGCUGGGAAGAAGUCCGUACGGAGCCAAUGAAUAUGACUCCAGGGUUGUCAAUCUACUGGAUGUUGUCGACCCCGAAGUAUCGACGCUUACUACGCUCACAAACGUCCAGAACUCCCUGUUCGUGCCAGAUUUGGGACGAUUUGUAAACCGCCAACCUACAUACAACCUUACGCGGCCUCGGACAGAUUCUACAGAGUCGAUCGCCUCUUCGACAUCGGAGGAAGAACCAAAACCUCCAACCACGGACACAGAGCCAACCCCGGUCAAACGGACAGAAACAAUAAAGUCAACUCUCAGUGAAUCGCGGUUCGCUGUCUUACCAGAAGGCAUCACACUGGAAGGCUGGGAUCCGUCUGAUAAGUGGGAGAUUAAUGACCAUGUGAGACACAUGCUGCACUCGCGAAGAUCGAAGUUCAAGCGUGGAAUGAAGGGCUUUUGGCAGUACGUUCAGAAACCACUUGGAUUCCUUGUUACGUUAUAUGCCACAUUAAUUACACUCUUUGGUCUCGCAUGGGUCUUAUUUUUAAUCGGUUGGAUCUAUGUUGGUGAUCGCCAGCUAUACGUCAUCAACGUUAUAGACAAUGUGCUUGUUGCGCUGUUCGCCAUCGUUGGUGACGGGCUGGCCCCAUUCCGUGCUGUUGAUACAUACCAUAUGAUUUACAUCGCCUACUAUCACCGUCUAACUUGGCGACUACGCCAGAAGGCGGCCCUUCCAGACCUCAAAAACCCGAACGACCUCCCAGAAACCCCGGUGGCAGAUGUCAUCAAAGCAGAAGCAAGCAAUAAGGACAUCGAUAUCGAAAAGGCUGCUAAAGAUGUCAUCACCAACGACGAGGAAGCUGAGUUUUCGGUCCUCAGCGCUGAGCAACAAAAGAAAUUAACACAUCAUUCAACCAAAUUCUCCAAAUCUCAUACAUUCUACAAACCCCAUGAGACAACAACUCAUCACGCCUUCCCUGUCCGCCUCCUCAUCGCCGUCGUUGUAUUACUCGACUGCCACUCUCUCUUCCAAAUCACACUUGGCGCGUGUACAUGGGGAAUUGACUAUCGUGUUCGUCCAGCUGCCCUUACGACCACCAUACUCUGUUUAUCGAUAUCCUGCAACAUUGCUUCUGGAAUCGUCAUUAUGGUCGGAGAUCGAAUGACAAGGAAGAGAGACGUGAUUGAGAAAAUGUUGAGGCAGCAAUUAACGAAGGAAGCAAUCGAUAAAGUAGAGAAGAAAAAGAAAAAAAAGCAGGAGAAGGAGAAGCAGAGGCUGGAGGCUGAGGAAAAUUGCAUACAUGAAUUAGACGAACGGGAAGACGAAACGGAAACACCUGCGGAAGUUGGGAAAGAUAAACCGCAGACGGAAUGA